GUCAUUGGUCACGCCCCUUGGUCUGCUCUGUAUGCGGAAGCGGAAAAACGGCAGAGAAAAGUUUCGAAAAGUUUUAAAAGUUUAUAAAGUUCGGAUAUCGCCUGAAAUCAACGGAUCGCUUCGAGCGGCGGAGGACGAUGGUGUGUGAGUCCCUGUGAGCAGGGCGUCCAGUAGAAAGAGAGAGACUACACUCCCAAAAGCCCAUGGAAACCAUCAAGGAACAAGGUGGGCAGGCAGAGCGGAAGGCAGCCGGUCUGAGGCGGAGGGCCUGGGCCCAGAGCAAGGACUUAAGCUGGGGCCCCACCAAGGAAGAACCAGGGGAGGGUCACCAGAUAUCCAGUUGGCUGAGUGAGUGCAGGACUCCUCUUACGGUUUCUAUGGAUGACCCAAGUACUUCGCCUGGCAAAGGCAUUUUAAAGACUGGGUGUAGCUUUGAAGAUGACCUCAAACUGGGAGCUGAAGCUAAGCAUCUUCGGUCCCCUGAUGCCAAAGCUGAACCCAUCUGUUUUGGUGUCCAGGAGAAGAGGACCCAUUACAAACAGCGAGGAAGGAGCAUCAACUCCACCGGCUCUGGGAAGAGCAGCACUGUCUCAAGCGUGUCUGAGUUGCUGGAUCUUUAUGAAGAAGACCCAGAGGAGAUCCUGUUGAAUCUGGGUUUUGGUCGAGAGGAGCCGGACUUGGCCUCUAAGAUCCCCUCUCGCUUCUUCAGCAACACAUCGGGGGCCCAAGGCAUUGAUAUCACGGUGUACCUCGAGGCUCAACUCCAACGGUUGGAGCUGGAGAACCCAAACUACGCUCUCACAAGUCGGUUCAGACAGAUAGAGGUUCUGACGACGGUAGCCAACGAGUUCUUCCAGUUAUACAGUCAUGUGUCGGGCCAGCCGCUACACCGCAUCGGAGGAGAGGGAGGAGGAGGUGAAGGGCAGGUGUUACCCUCUCCACUAAAGAGGAAUAACUCUGCUCUACAUGUUGCUAAAAUCCUCAAGAAGACCCUCACUAAACACAACCUGCUGGGGACAUCCCAGUCCACUAGUGGAGGAGAAAGGAGUACAGCACCCUUUAGUGGUGGAGAAAGUGAUAGCCCCAUAGCGGACUCUAGUGGAGGACAGGGGAGUACAGCACCGUUUAGUGGUGGCGAAGGCAGGGGUACCCAUUCUCACCACGAGGCGAAAGCACACUCUAUGAAGACUGUCAGCGAGCAAACUGAUGUUGGUCUGGAGUUGACGGAUGGACACCCAGACACCAGCAUACAGCCCCGCCCGCGGUCCCCAGCCAGUAGAGACAGAGCUGUCCUCGAGGGGACCAAUCCACAGGAGAGGAACGGGGAUCAAGUGUUAGAACCAGGGAGGGGCAGGACAUCCACCCCAGAGAAACCGGUCUGCCUGGCACCCCUGCUGGCUCAGCUGAAGCAAAACACCAAGGACUCCUUUGAGAUGGAAGAGGUUCAGAGUACCGAUGACGACCGUCCAUCACAAACCUCUCAAGCAAGUGCGUUCCUGCGUUCAGUCAGCCAGCAGUCGGACAGCAGUGGUUUUGCAGAGGAUCCCUCCAGCGACUCCGCCAACCCCCUCAAGGUGCAGGAGAGCAGUGACAGCUGUGACAGCGAGACCACUGUGACGUCCAAUGACCCGGCCACUCCCCUUGCCCAGGACCAGCCACUGUUUGGUGGCUUAGCGGACAGAGAGGACGGUGGGAGGGCCUACAAUGUGGAGGUUCCUCAGUAUUCUGUCCACCACAUCCGGAGGACCGACGCAGUUGCCACCAAUCCUCCCAACCAACCGGACUGUACCCAGGCCCUAGCUUCUCUCCCUGAAGAACCGUUAGAACCACUACCUUGUCCCCCUAACGGACCAGCAGGACCAGAACCUUGUUCCUCUGCAGGACCAGAACCUGUUUCCCCUACAGAACCAUCAGAACCAGAUCCUGGUUCCCCCACAGAACCAUCAGAACCAGAACCUUGUUUCCCUGUUGACUGUUCCUUACAGACGCACAUGUUUGAUAGCUCUGCCUCCCAGGACUCCGGUCCUGGGUCCCUGGUCUCUGCUGCUGGUUCCCAGGUCUCUGCGGCUGGGUCCCAGGUCUCAGAUCCUGGUUCCCUGGUCUCAGGUCCUGGGUCCCUGGUCUCUGCUGCUUGUUCUCUGGUCUCUGCUGCUGGUUCUCUGGUCUCUGCUGCUGGUUCCCAGGUCUCUUCUGCUGGGUCCCAGGUCUCAGAUCCUGGUUCCCUGGUCUCACAUCCUGGGUCCCAGGUCUCUGCUGCUGGUUCUCUGGUCUCUGCUGCUGAUUCCCUGGUCUCUGCUGCUGGUUUCCAGGUCUCUGGCCAACCAGAGCUUCAAGCCCCCUCAGUGCAGAUCCAACAGGCUCUGGAUCGAGCCAAGUUCAGCCAACCACUGCACAGGAUCCCGAGUCCAGCCUGCUGGGCCCCGGUCCAGACCUCUUCAGAGGCGAGAGCCGGGGCGGGGCGGUUUCCCCUGGAGAGGGCCUCCUCUCUGCCCACCUCUAUUCUGGCCCGUACCAAGGUGGUGUCAUCGGUGAAGAUCCAGUUUGGGAGGGAUGCCCCUACCUCCUGCAGCGCCCCACGCUUCUCCUUCAAAUACAGCUGUGGAGAGGAGGAGGAGGAGGAGGAGGAGGCGUAUUCAGACAACAAGCUGGACAAAUGCCUCUCUACUCUUAUAAUAAACCCUGCCACCUCUGAUCCUUACAACCAACAUCUAAAGUGCCACCAAGAUCCUCCAUUGGCUCAGCAACCCCUCCUCCACCAUCGAGCACCCUCUUCGCUGCUGUGCUCCAGUCCUCCUCCUAAUUGGCUAGAUAGACCACUUGGUAGCCAAUCCCAUUCCUGGAGCACCCAAAGUGUCCCUAAUCUCUCCUCCAAUGAGAAGCAGUCUCGUCCUUUGAAUCCGUACCCCUACAGCCAUCAACACGAGUCGUGUAGCUUCACCCCCCUGUGCACCUACACCCCCAUCACACUGCCAUGCAUCAGCAUCCCACACCCCCCCAUCACAAUGCCAUUAAUCUGCCUCCCACACACCCCCAUAACACUAACAUGCAUCAGCCUCCCACAACACCCCAGCAUGCCUGCCAGCAGAUGCCUCACCAUGGUAGUUUGUGCAGCUUGCCUGGAACUCCUGGGAUGCAAUGCCAACAUUGUAGCCACCAAGAGUACUCCAGUCCUUCCCCUUAUUAUACUCCUGUCCAAUACUUCUCGCCCCUCCAUACUUUCUAUGGGUAUAGCCCCUUUCCUGUCACGCCCUAUGUAUUUAGUCCCCAGCAACGACCUGCAUCUGUCCAAGGACAGAUGCUUCAUCCUGGGCUGUCACCGACGACGGUCCCUGGCUUUGACCUGGGCUUCCAGCACCGAGCUGCAGCUAAAGGAAGUUCUGCACCAGAUCCAUGGAGUCGUCGGGAGUCUAGGCCAUCAGUCGGCAGUGUCUUCAUCUAACAUGUUCAACGAUCACCGAGCAGCACUUAAAUCAAGACAGGCUGAGAUCCAACAGAAAAGGCAGACACUGAGCGAGUUCCGCAGUCAAAUGAUCGAUCUGGAGCUGUCAAUCAUCGGAGAGCAAGCACAGGUCUACCCACAUCUGAGCCCUGCUGAGAGACUCCAGGUUGAACAGUUGAAGACACUCAGGUCAGCGGUGAGAGAAGAACUGCAGGAGCUGGAAGUCCAACUGGCCAAACACAUGGAUCUGCAGAUGGACACGAGUCUGGAUAGUAGAUCAACAUCAGUAGCAGAUCCAUCUGUUGGUCUUCUUCCUGCCUGUCUGUCUCUCUACCUGUCUGUGUUCAGGUGGAGCGUCUCCUUACAGAAACAGCUCCUCCUCCAAUCAGAACUUGAUUACGUAGACAACUCCUCCUCCCCUGGGCCCUCCUUCUCUCGCUCCUCUAGUCCAACCAGAUAUCGCUCCUCAGUCAACAUCACUCCGGCCCCACCCCACCGCGCCUCCACCGCCCAACGAAGGGAGGAGAGGGGGAGGGGAGAGGAGGAGAGGGGGAGGGGAGAGGAGGAGAGGGGGAGGGAGAGGGGGGAGGAGUGGAUGAGAGGUGGGGAGGAGAGAGAGGGGAGAGGAGGAGGGGGAGGAGAGGAGACACCAGAACACGGUAUCUCUGUCAACAAUCUACAGCAGAUAAUUCAAGAGAUCAAACAAGAUGUCCGCCAGGAGAUCUUCCAGGAACUCCUAGCCACUCUGAGUCACUGGUCACCACAGACCAUCAGCAAGCAGCCCCUGUAGCCAUGGCAACCCAUACAUACAGAGAGAGGGGACCAGAUAUGGAGACAUGGAUAUGUCGCUUUCAUAACAAAGUCCUUUUAAUUAACAAAGCAGCACAUAAUGUUACCGUCUUCUGUCCUUUGACUUCCUGUUACUUGGUUAGCACAAGGAGUCAACAAAUCAGUUAUAGUAAUAUAGCUAAACCUUAUCUAUAAUACACCUAAACCAUGACAAUAAUAUACCAAAACCAUUACAAUAAUACACCAACUCAAUAAUAUACUAAAACCAUCACAAUGAUACACAUCACAAUAACAUACCUAAACCAUCACUAUAAUAAACCAUCUUUAUAAUUUACCAAAACCAUCACAAUAAUACACAAUCACAAUAAUACACCUAAACCAUCACUAUAAUAAACCAUCAUUAUAAUCUACCAAAACCAUCACAAUAAUACACCAUCACAAUAAUACACCUAAACAUCACAAUAAUAUGCCUAAACCAUCACAAUAAUAUACCAUCACAAUGAUAAACCUUAGCCAUCAAAUUAUUCCUGAACAAUCUCAAUAAUGUACCUAUACCAUCAGCAUUAGAAUAAUAUACUACUACUAUGGCUACUACUAAUACUAUUCCUUCUUUAUAAACUACAAUGUGACUACUACUACUACAACAUUCUAUGUAAGCUACUCCAUGACUACUACGAGUUAUUUAACUACUGCUACUCUAUAAACUAACACUAGUUCUAUAACUACUGCUACUUCAUAAACUAACACUAGUUCUUUCACUACUGCUACUUUAUAAACUUCCACUAGUUCUUUAAAUACUGCUACUUUAUAAACAACUACAAUUUCUUAAACUACUGCUACUUUAUAAACUACUCCAUGACUACUACGAGUUAUUUAACUACUGCUACUUAAACUACUUUAGUUCUUUAACUACUACUAUUUUUAAACUACCACUUGUUCUUUAACUACUGCUACUUUCUGAACUACUCCAUGACUACUUGUAGUACUACUACUAUACUGCUACACACUGUAUAAACUCCAACUUGACUACUCCUACUACUACUGCUGCUGCUCUGUAUAUAAGGAUGAUUAUGGAUUGGGACCAUUUCCCAGUGGUAGUCUAACAGGGAAGUCUUAUUCCACUUCAAUACUUCUUAGCAUUCCAAUGAGUAACUACACACUCAAGUAGAUCUUCCACUGAUGUGAACAACCGUUAGCAAACGUGUGUCUGAGGGAAAGUAAAAUUAAUUAUGUUUGUAAAUUAACAGCUGUAUACUUUUUUUUUUGACUUAAAGCCUGACUCGAUCUAUGUGUGAAUAAAGACAAUCAUGGGUUGUAGAUAUGAAGGUAUUGAUACUCUGGGAUGAAGAGGCUUGCUUAAGAGUGUCGAAGCCAGCCUGCAAUCCGAUGAACUCAGGCUUAAGGAGAACAAAACAGCACUAAAUGCUAACCUGUCCGUCAAUCUGUAACAUAUCUAUGAUAUCGUGAAUACAAUUUCACUGAUGGUCAUUCUUUAAGAUCCAUGUUUUUUUAUAAUGAGAUUAUGUUAAAAGUCCUAAUGGGGAAUGAUGUUGCAGAAUGAUCUUGUGCAUCACAGUGUUUUCUAACUAUGUGACCAACCACAGUAAACCCAAACACCAUCUGUAUGGCUAACUGCUUGCAAAUGUCAGCUAAAGCUAUUGGCUAAGUUAAUAUAAGUUGCUAAAAUAAAAGCUAUGGGGGCACUCUUUUACUAAAUUACAAUCUUUUGCUGCUGUUUAAUAAAUGUUUGUGUUCGUUGACUUUUAUUGUAGUGGAUGAAUGAUUCAAUAAAGAUAUUUAUUUUCAAA